GCCAGAUGCACAGCCGUGCACGUAGCUACCGAUAGAUGUGAGGUGCCGAUCGUUGCCACAGUUUGACUUAAAGAAGUGACACAGAACCCCCAAACAAUGCGAUACGUCAUGGGCCAGAAACCGCCAAUUUUAGGGAACUCCCUGCCACACACGUGCCCACCCAGAUCUCUGUGUUUUCUCCUGAAAUGCAACAGUUCCUUCAGUAACAUUCCUUUUAUUUAAACAAAUGUUGAGCAAAAAAGAGCAGAGAACCAUCGACCUGUCGCAUAUAGAGUAGGAGACGCCCUUACAGUGGCAUUGGAUACCUCACGACGGCGGCCUUCGUAGUAAGGGCCAAAACCUCAAGUGUCCAGAGUUCGAAAUGAUCAGAUGCAAGGAAGCGUGCGCCUCAUUGAAAUGAUACUAGUUCACGAAACGCAGACUACAGAGGCUGUGCAGACAUCACAGUCCGACUGUCGGCGUUCAGUUGAUGCCAUCGAUUGCUGCGACGUAGGUUUCUGCUGAGUACCAUGAUACGUCUUAACGUACUUCCUUGUAUGGACAUUUCUUGGAACAAGAUCGACCUGAAUUUAGAGCAUUAGAACUCGCAGUGCAGCCAACCAAAAAAUGCAGGCGUCUAUAUCUUCAUGUGGAUGUAGACAAUUACUGUUCACGGUAUCACAGAAAGGCUACCGUCCUGCCAAACCUUCCUUUCCUUUUCUCCUUAGUUCAGCUCCUUUCCUGUCUUGGCUCCUUUUUUUUGGAUACUGAAAUGCUCUGCCUUACAGCAUUUGUAAUCGUCUCUUCCACACAGAGGAGGCAACAAGGCAGAAAAAGCGCCACAGCCCAGAAAGGGUGGCUGCGCCGGUUUAUUUUUUCAGAGAAGCCAGCCGGCCGCAGUUUGGCGCGUGGCAGUUGGUGCACACCACCGCAACGGCGGCUUGAUAGGAAAUUCAAAGGCAGCUAUCACUGUCGCUUCACAGCUCGUGAAGCCUCAUUCAAAACGUACAACUACACACAGUGUAAACCUUUCUGCGUCCGUAUCAUCCGUCACUGGGUGCUGACGUGGCGAACGUCGAAACGCCAGUCUCGGCGCUGUCUACCUCUUGAGUCCGCUCGAGACUGUGGUGUCUAGUUCCCAGCUCCACUCGGUCUUUUGUUCAUGUCUCUUGCGUGACGCACAAAUCUAGCGGCCGGUGAAUGGGAUUUUUGAGGCUUUUACACUUUUUGAUUUGCCAGGUCUUUCUGGGGGAACUCACUCGUGUUUACUCGAACCGCUGAAUGCGGAUUGCCUCCCGCCGAGCGGUCUUUACGCGUUGUCGUUCGCCACCCUGCCGGCACCCAGACGGAAAUUCAUGCCACCGUUUCUGGGUGUGUUUUCGACUUGUUUAGGGGAGAAGACAUGUUUUUUCGUCUUUCUUCUGCGAGGAAGACGCGCAUUGGUGACCGUGAAUUCUUCUCAAAAACAAGCAGCUCAGUCAAAGGUAACAGGCAGGGCAAGAUCUAGCGACGUCAACAGUGGCAGCAGGGAAACGAGGCUUCGAAACUCAGACAGACUUCGCAUGUUUUACUGUCUUCUUCCCUGUUUCUGUCAAAACUGAUCGGUUGUUCCAGGUGUCCUCGCGUUCCAUUCAGAGUUCUCGAUCCGUUUCCCUCCCUGGAAGCUCUACAUUCUUUUCAGCCAUUUUUUUCUUUCUUUGGAGUGCGUUUCCGCGCGACGGCUGCCUGUCUGAGCAUUCUUCCUGCGUUCGCUGCCUGACACUCGUCUUUUGCUGUUUCUUUCUCGACACGAUGGACACAAAAUCCGAGAAUUCAAUCGCAACGGGGGUGGGACCUACCCCAGUCGGGCGGGUUCCCUCGUACUACGACCCAGAGAUUGGCGGAGCCGCGCGGACCGCCCAAGAGGAGAUUGACGAGAGAAUCUUUACAAAAGAGAUCCGACAGGGGUUCAUUCGGAAGGUGUAUGCGAUCAUCGCUAUGCAGCUGAUCCUUACAGCGGCGGUGACCUCGCUUUUUCUUUUCGUAGAUCCCAUUCGUACUUGGUUUCUGCUCCAUGGACAGCCUGUUUUCAUCGUCGCCACAGUUGUCCUGUUCGCGACGACGAUUCCUCUGCUGUGCUGCGACGGCGUCUUGCGUCGGUUUCCGUACAACUACCUGCUGCUCUGUGCCUUCACGCUGGCGGAGUCGAUUCUGGUUGCAGGGGUGACCGCACACUACAGCGAGAAGACAGUUUUGAUCGCAGUUGCGGGGACGGCAGUGAUUACAAUCGGUUUGUCUCUUUUCGCUUGUCAAGUCAAGUACGAUUUCACGUCGUGGGUCGGCGUUCUGUUCAUUUUGACGCUGAAUCUGAUGAUCUUUGGCAUCUUCUGCAUCUUCUUGCCUAAGUGGGCGCAAGUUCUCUACUCCAGUCUCGCCCUCCUGCUUUUCUCCAUCUACCUCGUUGUCGACACGCAGCUGCUCGUGGGCAGGGGCAAACUGCGACUCAGCGAAGACGACUACAUUGUUGCGGCGCUCAUGAUUUACGUUGACAUCAUCACGAUCUUCCUCCAGCUCCUCCGGCUCGUCGCCGCAGCCACAGACAACAACUAACUGAGGCGUUUCGUGCACGCGAAGCUUACUGCAUGCGUACAAACAAGAAACUGGACUGACGCGACAAGGAAAGAGAGCUGUCGCAGAUAGGGGACUGACAGACGGAAACUGAAGGCGCUCCGCGAGGGAGUGACAUCUCUCUCGCUAUAGAAUCUGUAUCAUCCAGGACAAUUUGCACACACUUAAGCACGCGGUCGUCGUGCGCAGAGCCGGGUGGCGGAAGACAUCUAGAGGGAAAAUCAAAACUGCCGAUACGGGACAGCGCGGUCAAGUUAGCGUCAGGACCAUCGGGAGGUGCGUACUGGGAAGGGUCGUGUUCUGGAUGCGGUGAAUGCGUUCACGAUAAAGAGACCCUGAAGACUUUCAUCGGUACACGUAAAGAAAAGAGCGGACGACUCGGGUGUAAAUGCGGAACGUUUGAGUCCUCUAGAAAUGUUAUGGGGGGGUGUUGUUCGAGGCUGUGUGGUGAACUCGGGACAAAAUGGAAGGGCAUGCGAGGGGAGAGACUGAGCUGUUUCUAUCCAACGAGCCCGCCUUCUUCAAAAAUGCGGAACGAUGGUGUCGGGAGGAUACUUAGGUCCUUCGCGUCUGCGCAUACGUUUUGGCAGAUGAGAAUGAGUUUCGGUACAAACUUAAAGGAAUAGGCUCAGCUCCUCACUUUGGUGCUCUAAAGCCGAGUCUCAGCCGAAAGUUAGAACCGCGAUGGGGUCUUGUGCGGGAGAUAAACACGAUGUCUUACAUAUUUGGUUCAUUAUCUUUCCAGCUCUUCUGCGUAUCUUGCGUAUUUUAACAGGUGGACAGUUAUGCUUAAUUUCCAUAUUAUUCUUGUAAAUACAGAAAGUUAGGAUUCUCGCGGUGUUCGCAAAGGGGAGAGAUUGGUGGGACUCCGUGUUGCACAUUAUCUAAACUAGGAAUCCUGUGUUUCUAUAGGCGUCAUGUUUCCCCACCCAAGAGAUUGCUUUUCCAUACUGGUAAAUGUAGCCUGCCCUCAAGGAGCUGCGACGACGGUCUUGUGUGGCAGGGCAGCCACGGGGUUUUCAAAUUUGUGUUGACUCGCGUUGUGGCACGGCAUCAUCUCUCGCAAGGAGAGUUGUUCUUCCGUGAAUUGCUUUUGCAACGACUUACGAAAAAAGUGGCGAAACUCGGACUGUGUUAUGAGGUGGUGUCUGGACUCCCCAAGUACGCGACGUGACAGCUGUUGCAAUAUCCUCCGUACAAGGCGGGCACUUAAAAAAGCAUGCAGAUCGUACCCAGAGAAUGCGCUGUAAUUACCACAUUUUCCGGUUGUCAAAGGUCGCAGUGCACCACAAAGAUGUGCGCGGAACAGAGACUCAACCGUAUCUGAAAAUACAAAAGAACUGUGUCGUUUUCUGAGUGUUUGACUCUCGAGCCGUUCGGCGGAGUUUCGGAGGAGAAACCUCGACGGUUUGGUCCUCAGGGGCGCCGUAUUCACGUGCUCAUUGUUCGUUUUGACGUUAAGCCGAAUGGACGCUUUUAGCGGAAGGCUGUACCAGACCCGACGCUUCAGGUGUCAUCUGAACUCCAUGAAGAUUCGUGUCAUUUUUACGACCUCUCGUGUGUCGUGUUGAUUCAACGACUUAACUCGUCGUUUGCCAACUUGGCAUAGAGGAGCCCACAAACGCAAUGUAGCUGCGACGAACACCGGAGGAGACUCUAAUCGAAGUUUCUCGCCACAGCAAGAAACGGGGAAUAGAAGGUACGAAAAAGGUGACGAGCUUCUCAAAAACCACGGUGCCGUGCCUCAUCUUUGCAGCGUGGUGGCAUUAGAUUACGCUCGUUGAACUAAAGCAGCUGUGUGCAGACGGCGAGACAGUAAAAGAAUUGUUCGGACUGAAGAGCGCCCCGCUCUGAUUUGAAUAGGGAAGCGUUUGGAGAGGCACUGUGUAAAAAUCAAGGUCAAUGAAGAAGGAUGUCACAUUCCCCUGACUAGCUUUGUGUCUAAACGACAGUAGAUAGUUGGGGAAGGAAGUGCGACCGAACGACCGUAGAGAAGCGGAGCCAGCAAGUCACACAUCCAAGCGCAUUUGCAUGGAUUUCCUGAGACAAAUGCCCACGCAAUGCUAAGGCCGCUUCUGAGCAUGUCGGGACCACUCUUCCAAGGUUCGCAGUCUCAGCAAAAGCGAGUUCAAGCCUCCGUAUUUCUCGCUAAAAAGUGCGCUAGGAACUGAAAAGGCACGGGACACAAAGCAAAUCUCUGUUUAUUGGAUUUGCGCUGUACAUGUCUGCUUCGCGGAUCAUCUGUACAGAGACAAUAUCUACUUGUAAUGUGAUACCUACGAUACAUGGUCUACCUAUAAUCUUUUUGUUCUUGAUGCCGGAUUUGCACGGAGGGUAUGGUAACUUCUUUGUACCAAUCUAUGUUGGUGGUGUGGAAGUCUUCAAGUGCGUUUUAAUGUUCUCCAGAUGCA